CAAAAUAACCAACAGUAAGAAAAAGCUAGAAAAUAUUUAAGAAGUUCGGUUGUGUUCGGGGAAAAAUAAGUUCGAAAUGUGGAAACAUAUAGUGCUUACCUUCGUCCUCGUUUCUGGGAGUUUAGCGGUACAUAAUUUGGAGCAAAUAAUUUGCGGGAAAGACGACUGCAACUCCACGGCAAUCCAAAAUGGAACAGAGGCAAAACCACUCGUGGAAAUUAUAAACACACAAACUUUGGAAUUGCAACCAUUGGAAUCGCAGCCGGAAAAAGAUAUUUUAAUAGAAUUACCAAAAGAAAGCCCUGGAAAUCACGAGAAUGUAAAUAAUAGUCAGUCGUCUGGAGGAGUAAAUAUGAAGGAAUCUUCAUCUAACCUACAAACCGAUUCAGACACGAAACUUGGAACUACCACCCAAGGGAUUUUCGAAGAGAUGUUCAUACCAGCACCAACGCAGGAACCCACUUUAGACGGGGAAACUCCAGUGCCACCAGCAGAACCACCGAAAGUGACGCUUCCAAAUGGCGGAAUCUUAGUAGGAACAAUCAUGCAGAGUGUCAUUAAAAAAACAUUGAAAGCGUUUCGGGGAAUUCCGUAUGCAAAACCUCCUCUUGGGAAGCUGAGAUUCAUGCCACCGGAACCAGCACCUGGCUGGGUUGGCGAAAAACUUGCAAACGAAGAUGCUCCUCCAUGCCCGCAGAGCGAUCCUUUUCAACCAAAUAACAUUGCCUUUGGUAAUGAGGAUUGCUUAUAUCUAAACGUUUAUACGCCAGAAAAUUAUACCUCUAAUGGAAGUUUACCGGUAAUGGUUUUCUUCCAUGGAGGAGCCUUUCACUUUGGAUCAAGUAACUCGGACCUAUAUGGGCCACAGAGACUUCUCGACUAUGAAGUGAUUCUAGUAACCAGCAACUACAGAUUAGGACCCCUUGGUUUCCUCAGUACAGGCACUUUAGACUGCCCUGGUAACAAUGGACUGAAGGAUCAGGUUCAAGUUUUAAAGUGGGUCGGAGAAAAUAUAGGGGCUUUUGGAGGGAGUCCUGAUAAGGUAACAAUAUUCGGGCAAAGUGCAGGUGCGGCUAGUGUGACAUAUCAUCUUAUUUCCAAAAAGGCGGAAGGUUUCUUUCAGAAGGCUAUAAUACAAUCUGGAACGAAUUUUGAUUGCUGGUCCCUUGUUCAAAAUAAAACGGCAAUUUAUCGCGCAAAGAAAUUGAGCAACCUUUUGAAAUGCAAUAGCACAUUUGAUUGGCCAAAAGUUUUGGACUGCCUGCGAACAAAAUCUGCAGCAGAAAUAGUUUCAACCCUUCCAGCAUUUUACUCCUUUGGUAGGGAUCCUAUUGUGGCAUUUGGUCCGGUAGUGGAGCCUGAACACGAAGAAGCCUACCUUAUCAAUAGCCCAAGAGACAUUGUAGCGCCACAUGGUUUAACUGUACCCAUUAUGAUUGGAGUAACGGCUGAAGAAGGCGUUUUGAAAUCAGGACCAAUACUUCAUAAUUUUGCACAACUUUUCAAAACCAAGUUCAGGAAAGUCCUUCCGAAGUUUUUAUACUAUGACGACCGACCAAAAUCGAUUCGCAAGAAUAUUACAACCAUAGUAGAAAGAUAUUAUUUCAAUCGAAGUCACACAUGGACCAAGGAAAACCACCAUAACCUGACUAACCUAUUCAGCGAUAGACUUUUCUAUUCGGGAAUGGAUCAAUAUCUCCGAAAUCGAUUUGGUCAGAAGAAUACCACCCUCGGACACACCUUCAUCUAUUUAUUUGAUCACAAAGGUCCCAUAACCGCGAGUGUGGGCUAUGUCAGUGGACCAGAAUAUUAUGGCGUUGUUCAUGGCGACGAAUUGCCCUAUUUGUUCCCAAUGAACGCUACGCAUGUUGCUCCUAUCGACAACGAUUUACGAAUCAAGUGGGCAUUGCCACGUAUGUGGACCCAUUUUGCAUCGGUUGGAAACCCAACCCCAGCGGGCUCACAUAUAAGACAAUGGAAGCCGGCCAAACAACUCAACUUCAGAUACGCUCAUAUUGGAUCCAAAAAUACAAAAGAUAUGACCAUUCUUAGGAACGAAAGAGGAUUUAUGGGCGGAAGAAUGAAAUUUUGGCGCACAAUACAGUCGAGAUUUCUGAAUUGAAUAUUCAAUUUCGCAUCAAAUAAAGUUCUAC